AUUUCAGCGUUUUCAGUUUUUGUUUCUGCUUAUUUCAAUUUGUGAAUCACACAAUACAUUUAGAAAAGAUGAAGAUGGAAGCUUCAGUUUCUGCGGUUGAGAAAAUAAUCGGUUACACUUUUCAAAACAAGAAGCUUCUAGAACAAGCCCUAACCCACACUUCUUACCCCGAAGCUGUGUCUUACGAGCGUCUUGAGUUCAUCGGUGACGCCGUUUUAGGUCUCGCCAUCAGCAACCAUCUCUUCCUCGCUUACUCCUCCGUUGAUGUUGAUCAUGGUCAACUCUCACUCCUCCGUGCCGCUAAUGUUAGCACGGAGAAACUCGCUCGCGCUGCUGUUCGCCAUGGUCUACACAGUUAUGUACGUCACAACACGGUUUCUAUUGUUGAUAAGAUUAGAGUGUUUGCUGAUGCGGUUGAUUGCGAGGAUGAUUGUGCUGUUGUUAUAUAUGGUGGAUCGGUGAAAGCUCCCAAGAUUCUUGCUGAUAUUAUGGAGGCUAUUGUUGCUGCUGUUUAUGUUGAUGUCGAUUGCGACCUUAAAAGAUUAUGGGUGAUAAUAAAAGGUCUUUUCGAGCCGAUAGUGACAUGGGAUGAUCUGAAACAAAAUCCACAACCAGUAAAUAUGCUCUUGGAGAUCUGUCAAAAGAAUGGGAAAAAAGUUGACAUAAAACAAGAGAGGAAUGGUGCCAAAAGCACUUCCAAUGUUUAUGUUGACGGAGAGUUGGUUGCAUCUGCUUCCUCGGAUCAAAAGGACAUCGCAAGGUUUGAAGCUGCCAAGGGUGCCUUGCAUAAACUACAAAAUAAUAAGUUAAAUGAACACGUGAGGUGUUAACUCAUAAUUCGAAAGAGAGAAAUUUAUUUGUCUAUCUAAAAAGUAUGCUUUUUGUUUAAAGGAAUUGAAUUUCUACACUUUGUGAAUGAGUUAUUUUUCUCCUCAUGAACCGAACCGAAUGUGAUGCAGAUAUAUCCUUGUUAAUAAGAAAUUAAGGGAACAAUAUUUUAUAAGGAGAAAAAUGAAGUUUGAAUAAGUAACUAAGCAAUGUAUAUCGGAAUUUUUUUUUUUUGAAUAAUAACACGUUAGAGAAAAACUUGCAUAGAUUGAAACUUUGUUUGCGAGUUUGGAAGGCAGGGGAAUAGAAGAUUUCCGAAAACGAAAUUUUAAAAAAAAUACUUGAUAUUUUUUGAAAACAUAAUUUUAUUUAAAAUAAUAAAAGAGUUAUUAUUAUUAUUAUUAUAAUAUUUUAAUUUUUAGAGCCUCCAAAACUCUCAUUCAAUAUAAUUUUUAAUAAAAUCAAACUCU